AUGAGUAAUCCACUCUUCUUCAAAAACACGUCCGAGGAGCUGAAAUAUUACAAAGAAAAGUACAAAGCGCUGUCAGACGAGAAUGAGAAUUUAAAAGUGAUUCUUCAACAGCUUCUGCAAAAGACUGAAGAAGCAAAUAAUCAAGACAACACCGACUUAAAAACACAGAACGAAAAAUUAAAGAAGGAACUUGAGACGAGUAAACAGUCCUGGAUGAAUGAUGUCAACCAACGAGUAGAGGAGAAACAGAAGCUCGAAGUCCAAAAUAAAGAAUUGCAGAAGUCAAUUAAUACGAUCACAGAGAAGAUGCUUGAGGAAAAGACUUUAUUAGAGGCGAUUAGUAAAAUAGAAGGAUUAUACAAAAACUUUGUGGACAUAACGUAUGCACUCCGAGUCACUGAAAAGACUUUAAACCAAUCUGAAUUGUCGCUCUCUGAAAUCAAAAGAAAGGAAGAGGUGACUGCGGGGGACGAACCUUUUGUGAAUGACAUAUCGUGCCAAACAAGUGUUCAUCAAGAGCAACGCGUACCAUAUUUCACACAACAAACGAAACUCGAAAUAGCCGAAAAGACAGAGAAAACAAGUGUCGAGAAGAUGGAAAUGUGUGAUGACGAACAACACAGUUCCGGUAAAAUUAAUUCACAAAAAGUUGAAAAAAGCGAACACCACGAAAUGAAUGGAGAAAGCAUAAUUGUCGAAGAAGAUAACAACGAAGAAAUGGUUAAACCGCCAAAAUUGCCAAAAAGUCUUCGAGAAGAUUAUUCCCCAAUUAAACAUGAAAACGAAGUGUGCGACGUCGAAGAACAAAUUGUCGAAGAAAUUCCUAGUCAAGUUGUUCCGCAUCCACAUGACACAACAAGAGUUGUCGCAGUUAGUGGGAUAGCAGAGUCUAUUAAGGCGAAGUUGAAAAUAGCGAUCAUAAACAAGGGGUGGGAAUACAGUGACACUUUCGAUGAAAAAGUGACCCAUGUUGUGGUACACAAAAAGAUCACAAAAACACUGAUUAUUGCACUUUUGAGAGGGAUCUGCAUACUCCCCGUUGCUGCUGUAAUUGGGAGCGAAUCAUUGUGCGAAGAAAGAAUCAUCCCACAACUUAAAGGAAAGAAAUUCUUCUUUUCGAGAAUAUUCCAACUGAAGCCACUGAACAGAGAGGUGAAGAUGAUUUUGAUAUCAGAAGGGGGUGUUGUAGAAACGGAAGAUAUAACCAAGUGCGAAAUAGCACUCAUCGAUGAGAAGGAAAUGAAGUCCGAACAAUUCAAACAGAAGACAUUUACGUUUCAUCAGUUUCUAAGAAAGCUACCGUUCCCAAAAUUUGUGAGUACAUAUGCUUGA